ACAGUCAGUGAGCAGCGUCGCAGCGGGCGAGGAAGAAAGAGGAAGGAAGUGGCUACAGCAGAGGAAGGAAGUGACUACAGCAGAGGAAUCUUCAAGCUCGGAUACAUGAACCUCUCCGGACACCAGCCUCACCCAGUGUGACGGAGUUACCCCGCCUGAAUUAUCGACUGGAUUAUUACCUUUGAUCUGUCUACGAGGACUUCAACAACGGAUCUUUAGUGCAUAUUUUUUCGUGCCGAUGAUCGUGUUAAACUAGAGGAAAAGUGAAAUGUGGACCUUCGACCUGAGAAACAUUUAACUAAAGUCGGCCCUUGAAAAAUUGCUUUCCAUGCAAUGCAACCUGGAUGUUCUUCCAGCCAAGUUGGAGCCUGCCCUGCUUUCCAACACCUGAGAAAUGUUGAUGCUCUAAGAUCACACCAGCACCACUAUGUUACACCAGCUCCAGUAGCCGCUGCUGCAAAUAUUGUAAAAAUCAAUAUGGUAGCCCAUCAAGAUCCCAGAGAACUCGGGGUGGAUGGUCCAUCUCAGAGGCAGCAAAAGAAUGCAGAAUUACAGUUCCACAGACUGCAACACUAUGUAACAAGCUGUGGAUUUCAGCAGCCAAGACCUGCUGACACUAUGUGGACUCUUCAGAAUAGUGGUCAUGAACCCAAUGCUGACAUUUAUUCACCGUUGAAUGUUACUACACAAUGCAGCAGUGCUAAUGAGAGAUCUGUGAUGUUUCUUGUCAACAAUAAUGGACAACACAAGGGAAGUUUUCCACGAGGACCCAACUUAAACUCUAAUGAUACAAAGCAACAAAGACUUUUACAGAGUUGUCUUGGUACCACGACUGUAGCAACAAAAGAUGACACUGUUGAUCUUACAGCACAGCAGCAUCAGUAUUCUCUGAAAAAAUAUCACUCAUCCCAGCAAGUAGAAGCUCCUCUUAAAAAUGGAAAUCUUGGCUCAAUCUCCUUGUUUUCUUCACUAGAGAAAACAAAAGUCAACAUUGAGCCCAGUGCAAGAACAAAUCUUUCUAUUAAAAUGCACUGCCAAAGUCCACAAGUGAAAUGUUCACUGGGUACUCUUAAUUGUGAAAACCCCAUGAUUAGAACACAAACUCCAGGUUAUUCAAUCGAACACCAGCAGCAAUUCACUUCUCCCACAACAGUUCUACCCAGGCGUCCACCUACAGAUGAUGAAAUACAUAAACUAAUUGCUGAAGAGCUCGAAGGUUAUAAAAGAAAUGAGAAUUCCAAAAGAAAUGAGAAUUCCAGAAGAAAUGCUCAUCUUUCUGAUACACUUGCCUCCAACAAAGCAAGACAUGUAGGCAGUGGCGUACAUCACAGAUCUGCAACAGGACACACACUUCCAGCAUACAGUUCAAAGGACUCCAGAGGAAAUGCUGACUUACCUUGGACAUGUGGUCAGUCAACAGUUACAACAGCAACACAUUCAACAGAAUAUCCACAAAUUAUGAUGGAAGUUGCGCCAACAUGCACAAAGAAUGAAGAUGACAGUCCAGUGGUUCUCACCUCAACAUCUGGAAUGACGAUGAUUGACCUGACCAAGAAGAAACCCAACUACAUAUCAGCAGAAUAUAUCAACAAGAAUAUGCAUGAUGCACACAAUGUGCCUGGCAUUUCUUGGGCUCCCAACCCCAUUGUGAGUACAGGUUAUGACGAUGUCCAUGCUGUAACUGAUGUUUCAGUGGAGAAUCGCACCAAGCCAAGUUCAGUAAUGACUGGAAGUGACACAUCACUUUAUAGAAUUCAAGACAUUAUGCAAAAGAAAAGGAAAAACAGCAAAGAUCACCUUUGUCCUAUUACUGAUCAGGAAGUAGUUACACAUUCUAAGAAGACAUCAUCAAUUGGUCAAAUUCAGAUUCUUAAUGUUAUGUCAAUGUCUGGAGACCAAAUAAAACAGCUGUGGGACCUGCCAAGUUGUGAACGUGUGAUGGAUUCAGGUUCUGUGAAUCCACACACACAUUUCAGCCCAGAACCUCCUGAAAGAAGUGACAAAGUCCAGCAAUCAGCUCUGUCACAUCAAAGCCAGAGGUUAGGAGCGCAAACCCCAAACAUUCUUAAAUGCCCAGAAUAUGAAGACAUAUCAGAUUAUGAACUAAUGCCUGCCAUACACACAGAUCUCCCAUGCACAGAACAUGUGGAUUUAGACGUCCUUGUUUGUCAUGAAAAUCAACAGAUGGAGAAAUUAAAUGCAGAAACUCAUCUGAAAGGAACCAACAGAAAACGUUCACAAUUUGAAAAUGAAGGCCAGUUUCAAAUGAAGGGGGACAACAUUUCAGAUGAUACAUCUAGAGAACAAAACUGCUCUUGUCCUUGUUUUGUUGAAACUGAUAGUGGAUUUCAACAAGUAUUAUGUCCUAAAUGUGACCGUGAAAGACACUUUCUUUCAUGUAGUCCUGAUAAUUUGAGUGAUGGAGAUGAGACUGAUGAGAUGGAUGAUUACAUGGUCGUACCUUUAAGCAUGAUAGACCUUGAAUAUGAAUCCGCCGAAGAAAUCCACGAUUUCCCAGAGAACACCAUACCAGAUGACAGUCAAAGUGAAGAUAUAGAAUUUCAAAGUGCUUCAGAAUCUUCAACCGCUUCCGUGCCUUCCCCGAUAGAAGUUUUUGACACCAUUGCAAGCUUUAUACUAUCAAAAAGGACCACAGUUCAGUUUCCUCCAGAUAGGAGCACACCAGACCAUGAAAUGAACUCGGAUACUGGAGGAUCUCAUACACCUCGGCACAUGAUAGGGUCCCACUCUGAGCAUGAAGACAGCAGUGAAACAGAGAACAGUUGUGAUUAUUCAUCGGAAGCAGAACACAACUAUUUGACAGCCUCUAAGUGUGUCUUUAAAAAGAGGUCAGCACCAGCUACAGAUCAGUCUGCAGAUGAAAAAGAAAAUGAACCUAAUAAGGCAACGAGUGUGCAAAACGGUCAAAGGAAGAGCUCAGUCAAGCUGGGCUGUAUUCAAAAACUUAAAGCGCUUAUCAAAUCUAAUGCUUGCUCAAAGGGUGCCAAAUCAAAGACUAACAGCCAGAGGAACUCAAAAGCACAAGGUAAAUUUGUUGAUUCUGACUGGGAGGAUGAAAGUGACUACAACUGCAAAAUAAAGGCAAAACGGAAGAGGUUGUCUUCUUCAAGCUCAGUGGGCAGUCCAGAAGCAUCUUGCAGUCAACAAAGAGGGCAUCCACAUCAAACUGUGGACAGUCAGUCACCACAGAGUGGGUCUGAACUUCAUGAGACACAGUUCAAAGAAGUGAUUAAGACUGUUGGCUCAAGUGGAGCUGACCCAGAUCAUGUUCAGCAUGCAGCUAACAGAAAGGAUAUCCCAAAAGACGGUAUAAUAAUUAUUGACUCGGAUACAGAGGACUCGGUGGACACUUGGGAUGAGAGUGACAACAAAGUCAAAAAGGAAACCAUUAUUUGUUCACGGUUAGUAGACGAUGGUAGUGCGCCAUAUCUUCAACUAAAGAGACACCCAUGUGAAAAUGUGGACAGUAGAUCUGAACCUUCUAAGGAAAAGUUCCAAAGAAUGGACACGUCCUCUGACGCUUCCUCAGUACCACUGCACCGGUCUAAACUUAAAGAUACACAGUUUAACGAAGGGAUGCAGGAAGAUGGCUCUUACUCUAUAAAAAAAAGUGGACACCGACUUGAAACUGAAGAUGGUACUGAGCAUAUUCAAGACAAGACAUCAAAUACAACUUUCAAUGGCUCAGACAAUCAUAUCAUCAAGAAGGCAACCACAGAUACACUGCUCCCAUCAUUGGGAAAAGUCUGCAGCCGGGCCUCAUGUUCUAUACAAAAUAGAGGGUUAGCUAAAGAAAUGGAUGGUCUUUGUGGAUCUGGCAGGGAAAAGCCUAAAAAACGCAUACAAUCAUCUUAUGAGUCAGCAGACCGGCGGCAGUCAGUGGACCAGUCUUCUUCACGUUGUAACAGUUUGAUCCCACGUCUCUAUUUUAUCGAUCCAGCUGAUCCUCGUGAUCCACUGAAACUUGUAAAAGGUCAACCGCUCCAAAGGCGGGAUAAGGAAGACACUGUGGUUACCAAGGCCCCCUCAACAAGUAAAAAGAUGCACUCCAGUGAUGAGAAUACUCAAGAUACGUCUUUGAAUAGAACUCAAGUCAACAUAACCAAUCCCAAACUGCUUUUAAGACAUCGUUCAUUAUCCAACCAAGAAGGCCAGUCCAUCUCCAGAAGUUUGUUACAGCCCGGAGAAACUGCCACCAUAUCUCAUCAGUCAAAAAUUUAUGAAAGCACUUCUGUUCCAAAACAUAAUUUGAGUUCAUCCAAACUAAGACAUUCCUUUUCUCAUCCAUCAACAUCAUGCCAUCCUUGGAGCAACACAAGAGACCAAUCAUUGAAUGCAACCAGCCAAUUAUCAGCGGUUGAACGAUUGAAAAAUAACUGGAGGGAAACCUACUACCCAACGAAGAAAGACAGGAAAACUAGCACCGAGACAGAGGAGGCUUCCAGAACCUUGAAUACUGAAUCAAAGAGAGAAGCCUAUCCACCAUUGAGUCACCAGGAGAGGGCGGGUCACCAGGAAAGAGCAGGUCACCACGACAGACCACCCAGACAGAGACGCAACUCCAAAGAGUUUGAAACCAGUCUGAUGAAGAGAGCCAAGAUGGAAGCUGUGCAGUUGACAAGGGCAACAAAUCGAAACAACUCUAGGGAACAAAGAGGCUCCGUGGGUGGAGGUUACAAGUGGUCAGAGAAGUCAAAAGUGGUGAGGUCAAAGAAAGGUUCCAUAAAGAGGGGCGACAGAUGGUCUCCCAGAUCGGAUAACUGACGACAAAACUCCUGUUCCAGUGGAGAAGAGGAUUACUUGCAAUGAUGUCCAAUAGAAUUUAACUGAAUGUUCUGAAUUUUAAUGUUUUUCCAUUUCAUUGUUUUUGCUUAGGUUCCUCCCGUAACUUUUAAAUGUUUCUUCUUUUUUAUCCCUCAUAGAAAGUGAGAGAUGGAUAUGUGUGUAUGAAUGUAACCUUAAUUAUUCCUCUGUUUUAAGUUGAUAAUGGUUUUGUGUUGGUAGUACUUAAAAUCACCUUUCAGUGCUUGUGAUAAUUCAGUGGUUUCCCACUAUUUGAGGGACUGUGGCCCUUGGUGGGACAUUAUAACUAAUUAAAAGCUAUUGUUUUUGUAAAAAAAAAAGUAGUGAAUGAUGUUUUGUAAUUGAAACUAUAAAGUAUGUAUGAUCAUUAUUUUUAUUUAUUUAAUUACAAGUGACAGUAGUUAAUUGGUUUCAGAGAUAGGAUUAGAGUUGUCAUAGGUUUUGGUGGACUCUUCAAAAUUUUAGAGCUCAAUUUUGGAAGUUUGGUAAUGAUUAUGUUUAGCCAUACAGUACAGUGUGGUCUGUCAGAAUUAGGGUGUCCAGAUCUGGAUUGUGAAUCGAAUGUUGAUUGAAACACAUCACGAUCUUGACCUUUGAAAGCAAAGGUGGAAUCGAGGAUUCAACCACGCCCCUGUGUGACGUCUUCAACUGCCAUCAUCAACUGGUGAUUGGGCAGCACCAAACAAACCCCCUCCCACUUCUCUGAAAUCCCUAGUGGAAAUAUUUUGCAAACUUAUUCAGUUGGGGCUACACGGUGGAGUAGUGGUUAGCACUCUCGCCUUGCGCCGGUUGGAACAAGGGCCUUUCUGCAUGGAGUUUGCAUGUUCUCCCCGUGUGUGCGUGGGUUCUCUCCGGGUUCUCCGGCUUCCUCCCACAGUUCAAAAACAUGCAAUGUGGGGAUUAGGUAAAUUGGACACCCUAAAUUGACCAUAGGAGUGAGUGUGAGAGUGAAUGGUUGUUUGUCUCUAUAUGUGUGUGGCCCUGCGAUGGACUGGCGAACUGUCCAGGGUGUACCCCGCCUAUCGCCCGAUGUAGCUAAGAUUGGCACGGCACCCCCCGCGGAUAAAGCGGUAGAUGAUGACUGACUGACUGACUUAUUCAGUUGUGCAAAACCCUUGAUUUAAGCAUUCAAUUAGCAUACUAGUACCAUUCUAUGAAAUGCUAAGCAGGUUGCAUCUUAUUACAAAGGUGUUGCCUUUGUAACACCAGAGAUGGCAGACUUCACCCCAUUCACACAACAAAUUAUGUCAUAUCAAUUAAAAUUUUUGGUAAUUAAACAUUUUGAAAAAUGAAUUAAAUAUCAAUGUUGGUAGAUUAGUACACCACCCUGAAAACAGGGAAAAGACAAUCUAUGCCUUUAAAAUCAGUUUAAUCACUAAUUAACUAUAAUAUGAAAAUAUAUCCCAAUUAAACAGUAUUGAAGAUAUGAAUCGGAAUAAAAAUCAAUUAAACAAUUUGAUUCACUGAAAUUAAUACAUAGGUUUGGCAAGAUGGUGGCGCUCAUGGUUGCAGCGGGGUACGGCUCUUUGUUUUUGGUGUUUUAUGUAGGUCUUUGCUCGAGCUAAUCAGCAUUACAACAGGCAGGAGCUUCUGGAUAUCGGCUUCAACACGAAGCUGACCAUGACAGUGGAGUCUCAUCACUUGUUCAACACACAGCAAGAUGGCGAGACCACCGGGAGCUCUCUGGAUUGUUGUCAGCGGCGGAGGCGGCGUUCGAGAGGAAGUGGAAGCAGGGAUGCCAUUCUGGCCUACUAGCAAGGCUGAGGAACCCACACGCCUUCUCUCCCGAGUAUGUUCCUCACCAACGCGAGAUCUGUGGUCUACAAGAUGGACGAGCUGGAACAACUCAUGCAGGGGAAUCAUUACAUCCGUGACUGCUGCGUCUCCAUUAUAACAGAGACCUGGCUUCACCCACUGAUCCCCGAUGCCACUGUCCAGCGAGAGAGAUGCACCAGAAGCCCUGGAUGACCAGCCAGGUCAAGGCACUCCUCAGGACCUGCAACACAGCCUUCAGGUCAGGAGACAGAGCCCUCUACAGUGCUACCAGAGCUGACCUGAAGAGAGGCAUCAGGAAGGCCAAGUGGACUAUAAGAUUGAGAACCACCUCUCCACCAACAACCCACCAACCACAGGGGGGCAAACACCGCAGCCAAGGACACAAGCACCGCUCUGUACAGGUACGGAAGGUGGAACAAGUACUCAGCAGUGUGAACACCAGGAAAGCAGCGGGACCUGACGGCAUACCUGGGAAGGACCUUAAAGCCUGUGCCCACCAGCUCUGAGGUCUUCACUACGAUCUUCAACCACUCCUUGGCACAGGCCUCCAUCACAGCCUGCCUGAAGUCCGUCACCAUCAUCCCCAUAUCCAAGAGACCAGCCACAAACCCUCACACCAAUCAUCACAAAUGUCUGGGGCGGGUGAUCCUGAGACACAUCAAGGACUGCCUUCCUCCCAAACCAAUCUGCCUACAGGGAAAACAGGUCGACAGAGGACGCCAUCAUCCCCCGCACUGCGCUGAGCCACCUGGAACAAGGGGGGAGCUCUUUGUUGACUACAGCUCAGUGUUUAAUACUACGAUCCCCGACAUCCUGGUCAGCAAACUGUCUGACCUGGGACUCCACCCACUGACCUGCUCCUGGGUAAAAAACCAACCUGCCCCAAGGCAGUGAGACUCGGAUCCCACCUGUCCUCCACUCACACACUGAGCACGGGCUCCCCACAGGGGUGCGUGCUGAGCCCCCUCCUCUACACACUCUACACGUUGGACUGCAGUCCCACCCACUCCAGCAACACCAUUGUGAAGUUUGCAGACUACACAACAGUGGUGGGGCUGAUCUCAGGGGGAUGAGUCUGCCUAAAAGGAUGAGGUCCUGGCUCUGUCGACGUGGUGUUCGGCCAACAACUUGGUGCUGAACACCACAAAGACCAAGGAGAUCAUCCUGGACUUCAGAAAGAACAGGGCAGACCCGUCCCCCCUCCACAUCAAAAGAGACUGUGUAGAGAGGGUCCACUCCUUCAUCUUCCUGGGACCACAAUCUCACCUGUCGUGGACUAAAAACACCUUGACUGUAGUUAAGAAGGCCCAGCAGCACCUGCACUUCCUGAGGCUACUCAGGAUAAAGAACAUCAGCCAGAAGCUGUUGGUGAACUUCUACCGCUCCUCCGGCGAGAGCGUACUACCUUAUUGCAUCUCGGGUGGUUCUCUCGCUGCGCUGAGGCAGAGCAGAGGAGGCUCCAGGGGGUGGUGAAAACGGUCCAGAGGAUUAUCUGCUGCCCCCUCCCCUCCCUGAAGGAUAUCUACUCUCCCCGAAGCCUCAGCAGUGCUGAGCGCAUCACUCUGGACAGAUCCCAUCCCGCCCACCACCUCUUUGAACUGUUGUCCUCAGGCAAGCGCUACAGGUUCAUUAGAACCCGGACCACCAGACUGAGAGACAACUUAUUUCCCCAAGCCAUCACCAGAUUGAACUCUCAUGCACACUAACCCCCACCCCCCGCACCACAACACACUACCUCACCCAAUAUCAUUAAUUCCGUGAAUUAUUCCUAUAAUAAUGCAUGGCAUUGUCUGAUUGCUUGUUGCUGUUGUUAUUUAGGAUUGUUUGCCAGGCAAUACUAUUUGUAUUUAUGUUUUUGCACACAAGGUGUGAAAACAAUUUUGUUGCUUUUACCUGCAUAAUGAUAAAUAAAGGUUAUUCUAUUCUAAAUAACACAAAGUUAAGUAAGUCAUCUAAGCCAAUGAACAUCAAAGUAUAAUGAAAGUUUAGUAAUUUGAUCAAAUAAUUGUCACUUAAUACAGCUAAAAUUCACACAAGCUAUAUACACCAUAAACACCUGCGUGUGUUGAAUCGUGUGAAACAGGAAGUAAAGACAAGAAAGGGAGUGACAUGGUUGAUAACCAAGCGAAGCUACUCCCACUUCUGGAACCAAAGAGGCAGAGGUGUGCACAGUAGCAGUGACUGUAGAUGCACGCCUCCACACAGGAUGGUGCCAAAAGCACAUUAACAUAAGGUCGCAGAUCUUUGGCCAAACACAACAAUAUGGCUGUAGACAAAGCGUGUUUUACACAAGAUGUGGCCCAUGAGGGAGCUCACAUUCAUGUGUUUCAAAGCACAGCGUGUUCUAUGAAGGAAACAAAGGACGCCAUGCAACAUGAGAGUUAAUGGCCAUUCAAACCACACAGACCUGACACAUGUAAAAACCAAGUCAGUCUGUGAAUUAUAUCGUUUACUCUUCUCAUCACAUUUGAUCCUCUGUGUCUCUGAAGGAAAGCAGUAUGGGCGUCAGUUUUAGAGGGAGGCGUUGGCCUAGGUGCAGGUGGGCGCUCGGCUCCAGAGGAGUGUGUGUUUGGACACAAAAUAAGGCCAGCGAGUGUGAAAAAACAGAGAUGGCCAAUGAAAACAGAGACAGCCAAUGAGAAAACGGAGACGGCCAAUGAGACUUUAGGGACCCUGCUCCUGGAAUGUCACCUCUAGUCAUAAUCUGGUCCCCUACACUCGGUCUGGGGAGUGUCUGGGUGGCAUGGCUGCAGCCCAUCAUGACGCACCUCCCUUAAGGUGCGGUGGUGGGCAGCGGACUGCUUACCCGGCGGGGGGUGAACGGUGGUCUGUUGACAGUGGGCCACGGUGCCCCUCCUUGGGAUGGGGGGCAUGCAAUAGGCCUCUGGUGGGUGGAGGCGGGUUUAGGACUGGGCCGAUAAUCAAUAAAUCAAUUAAUCGCACGAUAAAUUAAAAUGAACUCAAUAAUUUUUUCCGGCCUCGAUAUAUUGCCAUGUGCAUGCGUGUUCAUUUUCCUUGUCUCACGCCUCCAAGAAGGAUCGAUGACAAGAGGGUUCACUCUGCUCUCGGUCUCAGCACCUGGGUGCUUUUGUUCCAUAGCGGAAAGAAUGGAGUGAAACCUCUUGACGGUCAUCCAGUCUCUUUGUCUCUGUGGGGGGAGGCUGGGCCGCUAGCAGUGGUUAGCCAAUGCUAGUGCCCAGCGGAACAAGGAAGAAAGAUGAUUGCAAAGUCAAAUGCCACAGCCCCAGGGUGGGAAUAUUUCGGCUUCAAACCAAAUGAGCAAGGUGAGCCCAUCAACAUGGACGAGCCAGUAUGCCAAACUUGUUCUAAAGUGGUGGCAACACAACAAACUUGCAUGCCCACCUGAGGCAUAACCACCUGACCCAGUUUUUGCAGCUGGGGAAAAAAACUGUACCUCGAGAUGCAGAGCCUAUGUCCCGACAGUCAACACUCACUGAGAGGUUUGGUCGGCAAAGUAAAUAUAAAUGGAACAUCGCAAAAGAAAUGCUGCACUUUGAUACAGUUUAAAAGCCAGCAUUUAGCGAAAUGCUGCAAAAGUUUGACAGACGGUACGAAUUGCCUGCGUGAAAAUACAUGUCACAAACGGCAAUUGCAGAACUCCGAGACCUGAGUGCAAUUUUUGCUAACAGACUGAGUCCUUUUUUUUGUUUACUGUUUUUUGUUUGUUUUAUUUAUUUAGGAUAUUUAAACGUUCUUGAAAUUACAAUGGUAAAACACACUGAGAAAUAAAAGUUUAUUGUAUUUGAAA